UUUUUUUUUUCUUUUUUCUCUGUCAAAUGAUACCAGAGCAUUGGUAUUUUAUAUGUCUAUAGUUUCUGUUGAUGAAAUAUUUGCUGAUGAUCCUGUUGGAGAUACAAAUACUUGUCUGGAUCAAAAAUUGUGUUUUGUGGAAACAGCUUAAUAUAAAUUACACUCCAUGGUUUCUGCCCUCUUAAAGAGCCUGAUCUCGUCUUACAUAUAUAAGAUUUGCAAAGGAAUGUUUACAAGGAAAUCGGGAAAUAGUACAAAAAGGAAAGAGAGUUGUCAGAGCAAAAAGGAACAAGACUUAACUCCGAUUGGACAAACAAAGAAUCCAAAAUUUUCGAAUACUUUAAAAAGCACUGUUAAAAAGAUUGCCAAGUGUCCAUCUGCUCGCAACUUAUCAACUGAAGAAGAGGAAAGUAAUAGAGAAUUUUCACUUUCUCCAACAUUCAGUUACAGAGUUGCUAUUGCCAAUGGACUGCAAAAGCAUAUUUUUGUAACAAACAAUAAUAAUGAAGAUAUAGUUCAAGAUCUGUCUUCAAAUGAUAGUUCAUAUUCUGAGUCGUUAAGUGAAGUAAAAAGUAAGAAAAACGAAUACUUACCACACACAAUGCCUGUGAGACGCAACAGAAAAAGCUUAAGCAGCCUUGCACCAUCUGAUGGAAGUUCUGACGGAGAACGCACUUUACACACACUGAAGCUGGGAGCUUUACGAAAACUAAGGAAAUGGAAGAAGAGCCAAGAAUGUGUCUCAUCGGACUCGGAACUAAGUACAUGGAAGAAAACAUGGGGCUUAAGAAGUAAAUCUCUAGACAGAACUGGCCGUCACCAGAAAUCAAAUACUCUUGAACCUGGCUUUAGUUCAACAGGUUGUAUUAGUCAAACCCAUGAUGUUAUGGAAAUGAUCUUUAAAGAGCUUCAGGGGAUAAGUCAAAUUGAAACAGAACUCUCUGAAUUAAGAGGGCAUGUUAAUGCUCUGAAACAAUCAAUUGAUGAAAUUUCUAGUAGUGUAGAAGUUGUACAAAAUGAAAUUGAACAGUUGCGAACUGGAUUUGUACAGUCCAGAAGAGAAACUCGGGACAUACAUGACUACAUUAAGCAGAUAGGCCAUCCAGGAAACAAAGCGAGUCUUAGGUUUCUAAAUGUGCCUGAAGAGAGGCUUGAAAAAACUGAAAGCAUCGUUUACAAAAUAUUAAUAGAUAAAAUGGGGUUCUCAGAGGCACAAAGCACUAUUAAAAUUGAGUUUGCCCAAAGACUGGGGCAGCAAAGAGACUGUCCAAAUGCAAAGCCAAGACCCAUUCUUGUUUACUUUGAAUCAUCACAACAGAGAGAUUUGAUUUUGAAAAAGUCUUAUAAACUUAAAGGAACUGGCAUUGGAAUUUCUACAGAUAUAUUUUCCCAUGAUAUAAAAGACAAGAAAGAAAGAGGACUACCUUCCUCUCAGACAUAUGAGAGUAUGGAUAUGAAGCUUUUAACUGUGGAGACAAAAACUAAAAUGCAUGACUGGGAGUCACCUGACAGUGAUAAAGACUUGGAAUCAGAUAUAAAUAAGAACAGUUAUGCAAAGAUAUCUAAAUCAGCACUUCAGAUAAAACCAAGCGCUACGAAGGGGAGUAUUGAGUCCCCAGAUACUAAAGACCUUAACAGAACUGCUGACAAUAACACCUUUUCAGACAGAAGAAAUUAUGGCAAUCGGUCACCAGAAUUUGACAACAUGGAAAAACAGUCGACGACCUAUUAUUCAGACGUGACUCCUGUAUGGCAUUUACAGAAUGACUUUGCAACACCAAAGCUUAGCCGUUCAGAGUCAGAUUUCUCAAAAUUGUGCCAGUCUUACUCUGAAGAUUUUUCAGAAAACCAGUAUUUUAGCAGAACAAAUGGCAGUUCACUAUUGUCUUCCUCCGAUCGAGAACUUUGGCAGCGAAGGCAAGAUGAUUCUACAAACUGGUAUGGCAGUUCCCAGGAACAGACGUUUGUCCAAGAUAUGCAACAGUAUCCAGAGCAAAAUGAAGUAGAAAACACAGAAACUGUUGACAGUGGAGUAAGCAAUGGAAUAAUAUGUGCAUCUGGAGACAGAAGCCACUAUAGUGAUUCUCAGCUUUCUUUACAUGAUGAUCUUUCCCUGUGGAAAGACUGGAAUCAGUUGGAACAAGGGGCAGAUUUGGGCCUAGACUCAUCCACGCAGGAAGUUUUUGUGUAUGAUAUGAGCAGCCCUUCAGAUCAACAGACAGAUUUUGGAAAGUGCCAAAGUUCUGACCUCCAGUAUGAUACUGAAAGCUACGAUUUUACCCUUGAUGGUACUUCUCCAUUGUGUCCAGGCCUUGAUAGCGAAUCACAAAGUCAGUGGACUGGUCAAUAUGAUGAUUAUCAGGAAGCAAAUUCUAUCUCCCCUUAUCAGAAUCAAAACAGAUUGCCUAUGAUGUACCGAAGUCAGAGUGAACUACCAAGCGACGACUCAGAAGAAACAGCCCCUAAAUCGUGGCAUAGCCGAUUAAGCAUAGAUCUUUCUGAUAAGACUUUCAGCUUUCCUAAAUUUGGAUCUACGCUUCAACGUGCUAAGUCAGCUUUAGAAGUAGUCUGGAAUAAAAGUACACAAAGUUUAAGUGGAUAUGAAGACAGUGGAUCAUCUUUCAUGGGAAGGUUUAGAACUUUAUCUCAGUCUACUGCAAAUGAAUCGAGUACAACACUCGAUUCUGAUGUUUAUGCUGAGCCUUAUUGCUACAAAGCAGAGUAUGAGGAAGACUUAAUUGGACUACCUGGUGAGAAUGAAACAGACUACGUGGAAGUAAUGGAACAAGUCCUUGCUAAACUAGAAAAUAGAACUAAUAGUAGUGAAACUAGUGAGCAGGUCCAAGAAUAUGAACUGGAGCAGCCUUCAUAUGAAACUCUAUAUGCAAUACUACCAGAGGAGCAAUAUGACACGCAGUUUGACAGUGUGGUCAGUGAAGAGAUAUUGGAAGUUGAAAGUGACACGGCUGCUGACAUAGAAGUAAGGGAAGAUGAAAAUCAGAAUGUCCCAGAGAUGCUUACUGAAACUCCAAAGAAAAAGAGAAUACGACCAUCAUUUAAAGAAGCUGCUUUAAAAGCUUACAAGAAACAAAUGAAUGAUUUGGAAGAGAAGAUCCUUGCUGGAGAUAGCGGUUCUGUGGAUGAAAAGGCUCGGAUAGUAAGCGGAAGUUCCUUGGAUACUUCCAAGCUUUAUGCAGUCCAGGCAUUUAGUGGUGGUGGCCGUGGGCUGUAUGGAAUUGAUAGCAUGCCAGACCUGCGUAGAAAGAAAUCUUUUCCCAUUGUUCGAGAUGUGGCUAUGACACUUGCAGCUCGAAAAUCUGGUAUUUCCAUGGCCAUGCUCAUUCGGACCUCCAUAAACAAUGAUGAAAUGAAAAUACAUGUCUUCAAGAAGACAUUGCAGGCUUUGAUCUAUCCAAUAUCAUCAACUACACCUCAUAACUUUGAAGUUUGGACGGCUACAACUCCCACAUACUGUUAUGAAUGUGAAGGUCUACUUUGGGGCAUAGCCAGACAAGGCAUGAGAUGCACCGAAUGUGGUGUCAAAUGCCAUGAGAAGUGCCAAGACCUCCUAAAUGCUGACUGUUUGCAGAGAGCUGCUGAGAAAAGUUCCAAACAUGGUGCAGAAGAUAAAACACAGAAUAUUAUUAGUGCUAUGAAGGAAAGAAUGAAGAUUAGAGAGAAAAAUAGACCAGAGGUGUUUGAAGUGAUCCAGGAAAUGUUUAAUAUUUCCAAAGAAGAUUUUGUACAAUAUACAAAAGCAGCAAAACAAAGUGUUUUGGAUGGAACAUCCAAAUGGUCGGCAAAAAUAACCAUCACAGUCCUUUGUGCUCAGGGCUUACAGGCUAAGGACAAAACUGGCUCAAGUGACCCAUAUGUUACUGUGCAAGUUGGCAAAACCAAGCGGAGAACAAAGACUAUUUUUGGAAACUUGAAUCCAGUAUGGGAUGAAAAAUUCUAUUUUGAAUGCCAUAACUCUACAGAUAGAAUAAAAGUGAGAGUAUGGGAUGAAGAUGAUGACAUCAAAUCUAGAGUGAAACAACACUUCAAAAAGGAAUCAGAUGACUUCCUCGGGCAAACAAUCAUUGAAGUAAGAACACUGAGUGGAGAAAUGGAUGUAUGGUAUAAUUUAGAAAAGCGAACAGAUAAAUCAGCUGUCUCUGGUGCCAUUAGGUUGAAAAUCAAUGUUGAAAUAAAAGGAGAGGAGAAAGUUGCUCCUUACCAUGUGCAGUACACCUGUCUACAUGAGAAUCUAUUCCAUUAUUUGACGGAAGUUAAAUCUAAUGGUGUUGUAAAAAUCCCUGAAGUGAGAGGUGAUGAAGCCUGGAAGGUGUACUUUGAUGAUGCUGCACAAGAAAUUGUAGAUGAAUUUGCAAUACGCUAUGGAAUUGAAUAUAUUUAUCAAGCUAUGACGCACUUCUCCUGCCUGUCUUCUAAAUAUAUGUGCCCUGGUGUUCCAGCAGUUAUGAGCACGUUGUUGGCCAAUAUAAAUGCUUUCUAUGCUCAUACUACAGCAGCAACUAAUGUAUCUGCCUCAGAUCGGUUUGCAGCUACUAACUUUGGGAGGGAAAAGUUCAUAAAACUGCUGGAUCAAUUGCACAAUUCUCUGAGGAUUGAUUUAUCUAAAUACAGGGAUAAUUUUCCUGCCAGCAAUUCUGAAAGACUCCAAGAUCUGAAAUCGACUGUGGACCUGCUUACCAGCAUUACUUUUUUUCGAAUGAAGGUCCUUGAAUUGCAGAGCCCACCUCGAGCCAGUACUGUGGUGAAAGACUGUGUAAGAGCCUGCCUGGACUCAACUUAUAAAUACAUUUUUGACAAUUGCUAUGAUCUCUACUCCCAACUAGUGGAUCAGGGUAAGAAACAAGAAGUUCCUAAAGAAGAACAGGGACCGACAACAAAAAAUUUGGAUUUCUGGGCACAGCUUAUUACUCUGAUGGUCACCAUCAUAGAUGAAGAUAAAACAGCGUAUACACCUGUCUUGAACCAGUUCCCUCAAGAGCUGAACAUGGGAAAAAUCAGUGCUGAAAUCACGUGGACUCUCUUUGCCCAGGACAUGAAAUAUGCUCUGGAAGAACAUGAAAAGCAGCGGUUAUGCAAAAGCACAGAUUAUAUGAAUUUGCACUUCAAAGUGAAAUGGUUUUAUAAUGAAUAUGUGCGAGAACUCUCUGCUUUCAAGGAUGCAGUGCCUGAAUACUCUCUGUGGUUUGAACCAUUUGUCAUUCAGUGGCUGGAUGAAAAUGAGGAUGUCUCAAUGGAAUUUCUUCAUGGAGCACUAGAAAGAGACAAAAAAGAUGGGUUUCAGCAAACAUCAGAUCAUGCCCUCUUCUCUUGUUCUGUGGUUGACGUCUUCACACAGCUCAAUCAAAGCUUUGAGAUUAUUAGGAAACUGGAGUGUCCUAAUCCAGAAGCACUAUCUCAUUUAAUGAGAAGGUUUGCAAAGACUAUCAACAAAGUGCUUCUUCAGUAUGCUGUAAUUAUUUCAAAUCACUUCAGCUCAUAUUGUGAUAAAGAAAAUGUGCCCUGUAUCUUGAUGAACAACAUUCAACAAUUAAGAGUCCAGCUUGAGAAAAUGUUUGAGUCCAUGGGAGGAAAGGAGUUGGAUCCUGAAGCUAGUGUUGUUCUAAAAGAUCUUCAGGUGAAACUUAGCAAUGUAUUGGAUGAACUCAGCGUAUCGUAUGCUACAAGUUUUCAAUUUAUUAUUGAAGAUUGUGUAAGACAAAUGAGCAAUGAACUGAACCAAAUGAGAGGAAAUGGGAAUGCAGCAGCCAACAAGAACAGUGCGGCCAUUGAUGCCGAGAUUGUACUUCGGCCUCUCAUGGAUUUCCUGGACAAAACUUUAAGUGUCUCUGCGAAAAUCUGUGAGAAGACAGUUCUGAAACGGGUUUUAAAAGAGCUGUGGAAGUUAGUCUUGAACAAAAUAGAGAAACAAAUUGUGCUCCCACCACUGGCGGACCAAACCGGGCCACAGAUGAUAUUCAGUGCAGCCAAAGAUCUUGGACAACUGUCAAAACUCAAGGACCAUGUGAUUCGAGAGGAAGCCAGAAGCCUGACCCUGAGGCAGUGCGCAAUAAUGGAAGUAGCACUGGCUACUAUAAAGCAAUACUUCCAUGCUGGAGGAAGUGGGCUGAAAAAGAAUUUCCUGGAAAAGAGCCCUGACCUACAGUCCCUGAGAUACGCUCUUAGCCUUUACACACAGACUACUGACGCCUUGAUAAAGAAGUUUAUAGACACUCAGACGUCUCAAAGUCAAACCACUAAUAAUUCAGUUGGUGAGAUAUCUAUACAGGUGGAUGUCUCUACACAUCCUGGAACUGGUGAGCAUAAAGUCAUUGUAAAAGUUGUAGCAAUUAAUAAUCUAAACUGGCAAACAACAGCUAUGUUCCGGCCAUUUGUGGAAGUUUGCAUAUUAGGUCCUAACCUAAGUGAUAAGAAAAGAAAACAUGGAACCAAGACAAAGAGCAACACCUGGUCACCAAAAUACAAUGAAACUUUCCAAUUCAUUUUGAGUAAUGAAGAUAAGCCAGGAGCCUACGAACUUCACCUCUCAGUGAAAGAUUACUGCUUUGCUAGGGAAGAUCGCAUUAUAGGAAUGACAGUUAUUCAGCUGCAAAACAUAGCAGAGAAAGGUAGCUGUGCAUCUUGGUACCCCUUGUUGAGAAACAUCUCUGUAGAUGAAACUGGGCUAACAAUUCUUAGAAUACUUUCUCAGAGGACCAAUGAUGAAGUUGCUAAAGAAUUUGUAAGGCUUAAAUCAGAAACAAGAUCUGCUGAAGAAAUAGCCUAA